AAAGCAGUUUUCACAUCACAUGCCCGUUAAACUUCUUCUCCAUCUCUCUCUUUCUCACCUUCACCAAUGGCAGACUACGACACCCACCUCCAGCAUCACCAGGGCGGCGGCGGCCACCACCAUCACCACCAAGCAAUCCCAAAAGAAACAGCUCUCCAAGCUCUAAACACUAUAAUCCAACUCCAUUUUGAAAAGACCCUGGAAAAGAAAAGAGCAAUAGACCUCCAAAAGAAGGAGCUCCACAAGCUCUUCCUUCUUUUCUUCAUCUUCCUCUCUCUGGUCUUCAUGGGUGAGGCUCAAAGCAAUCGCCUUCAGUGUCGCCAUUGCUGGGCCCCGAUAACCCUCCUCUCUUUGGCCCACCUCAUCUUCUAUGUUUCUGUGGCUCAAACUCUUCGGUGCAUCAAUGGGUUCAAGUAUCAAAGGCGGUGCCACAAGCUGACCCUUGGAUUGGCGACUGAGAAGCUAAGGGAAUUGAAGAUGAGAAUGACUAACGGUAACAGUGAGUGUGGGGAGGUGGUUGGUGAUGAGGGUGAGCUUGAGAUUCAUUACCAAGAACCACCAGAGAGUUAUUUUGGUAAGUUCAAGAGGAACUGGGGUUUACAUUUUGGGUUCUUGAUAGUGAUAUAUGGGUUCAUGGUGUCUUCUUCUGUUGUUCUUCUGUGUUAUUAGAUUUCAGGAUUUGAUUCGUUAGAGUGUGUUGUUGUUGAUUAGAUUCAUUUCCAGUGUGGAAUUCAUUUGUUUGAUGAUUUGGGUAUGGGAAUCUGAACUGGUAGAUUAAAUUCUUGGUGAAAAAUUGAGCAAAUGUUAUAUGGGUUUCUUUAUGAGAAAUGAGAUUAUGGAAAGGGUAAUGAUGAGAGUA